AUGGAAUACACAUACCCUCCAACAUACAACACCCAAGGCUGGGAGGAAAGUCUUUCCUUGAUGUCACAAGGGCGGUUCGCCUCUACCGAUGUCGAUGCUGGCAACCUCUCCGCCAGCUACCCCUUCCUCGCCGCGGAAUAUCCGGCACAACAAACAAUGGCUCGACGUCUGGACGAUUUCUACCGACCGCCUGAGCCCGCAUGGACAUUGUCCCUCCCCCAUCUUGGCUACAUGGUCGCUGGGGCCUCUCAUGUCGGCGGAGGCGACAUCUACGUCUCCCAGCAAAUGCCGCCGGCUGGGGGAAGUUAUCGCCAGGCAGCACCAAUUGCCUGCGAGCCUACUGAUGGCGAGUCCUUUCCAGUCCAACAAGGGCCGGCGCCAGCGUACUGCGGCCCAUCUCAUGCCGUACAACCUCAGAGCAGCGACAUACAGCUGAUGGGGCAACAUAUCGCCAGCUCGGGCGUGCGGCAGCAUCACCUCAAGAGGGAGGCAACGUUCCCCGUGCCAUCAUCUCAGGCGAGUAUGGGUGGGGAGGUCGCAGCCAGGACCACCAUCUCCGCAAGGCGAUGGCGUCCGAUCCUGCCUCGGCCAGCGGGCACUGUUCCGACUCAGGCGGGCAGCUUCGAGGGGAAUACCCUUGACCAUGCAACAAUGACACCAAGAAAGUCCCUUCGCAGGAAGACUCCUGCGAACAGGAUCAGUCCCAAGGCUGUAAAGGCGUUGGGCAAGGGGAAAUCCCGCGCGAGGACCGCAACGCCGGUUCCCAGGACGGGAAGAAAGGAGACGCCGUACCUCGGUGCGAAGCACAGAUGCGAUACCUGCAGGAAGGCAUUCGGGCGCAAGUACGAGAGGGCGCGACAUAUGAAGUGGGGAGCCGCACACAGGGUGGGAUCGAUCGCAUGCGACCAGUACAACAAGACAUUCAGUCGGCCGGACUCGCUCAGGAAUCACCAGCGCGCAGCCCAUGACUGA